AUGUGGUUAGUAUUGAAAUAUAUAUCUAAAAAACCUUUCAUAUCUAUAACCAAAUGUGUUACAGUAAUAAGAAAUGCUUCCACUUUACAAUCACAAAAAUCAAAAGCUGAAAGGUACAUGAUUGCACAAAAAAGAAGACAAAAAAACGAAGCUAUUCAAGCUAAGCUCGGUGCAAUUUUAGAUAAAGUAGAUCCAGUCUUUGGCCGUAAAGAAACACCAUUUAUUACUCGUAUUAUGGCAGAAAUCAAUGAGCCAGAAGUCUUAUCGCAUGGUUAUGAUUCUAAAGAAAUUGAAAAAUUGAUUGCUGCAGUUGAGCCAACGGAAAGAAGUCAAAUUGAAUUAUCAGGUUUUAAUGAGGAAACAUUUCCAAGAGAGGAUUUACAAACUAUUGAAAAUAGAAGAGAAGUCAUACUGAGAAUAUUAAGUAUGAAAAAUGCAGAUAAUAAAGAAAGAGUCAAAAUGGCUACAAAAUUAGCACGUGAGGAGUUCCAAAGAUUUCCAGGGGACACCGGUUCUAGUGAAGUUCAAGCUGCUUGCUUAACUGUUCGUAUUUUAAAUAUUGCGCAUCAUGUACAAGAUCAUAAGAAAGAUUACGCUAAUACAAGGAAAUUAAGAAUGUUGGUGCAGCAGAGACAAAGUAUUUUGAAAUAUUUGAAAAGAGACAAUCCACAAAGAUAUUAUUGGGCUAUUGAGAAGUUAGGUCUCGAUGAUGCAGCUGUGAUAAAUGAAUUUAGUAUGGAUAGAAAAUAUAUGCAAGAAUAUAAGUUUUUUGGAGAUAAAACACUAGACAAGAAUUCCAAAAAGGUUUAG